AUGGAGUUUGAGAAGGCGUGGGAGAACAGGAAACCGCUGAAAGAUUACGCUCUACUAAAACAGUAUAGCGGCAAAAUGAAAAGAUGUUCCCCUGUCCUCAACACUGCCAAUGGGGUAGCUGUCGGUGAAGCAACCCUUCCAAUUUGGAAGGAACACUUCAAGACCUUGCUGAACCGGCUAGCACCGUCAGCCCCUGAACUCGAACACGUUCAUAGAGCGACAUACGCGGUUAAAGAGGAGCCACCGACUGUGUCGGAGGUCCUGGUCUGUAUUCAAAAAAUGAAGAAUGUAAAAUCUGGCGGAGACGACGGGAUUAGCGCAGAAAUGCUAAAAUAUCUUCCUCCGUCUGGGAUUCGUGAGAUGACAAAGAUCAUCCGUUCAAUAUGGAAAAACGAAAGGUUCGUUUAUCCAUAUACCUGA